CAGGGGGAACUUCACAAUCCUCUCCUCCGAUAGUGGCGCCCAUCCCCCCUGAUGAUAUUAGUGACAUGGGUAUCAUCAUUGGAGCCGUUGUGGUGGUCCUUGUGCUCAUAGUGGCCAUAACCAUCACCAUCAUUGUCAUCGUGUGUCUAGUCAAAAGACACCAAGCUCGUGAUAAAUAUCGCCUCAAGACUGACCGUAACUUUGAGCUAGCAUCAAUGGACCCCACUACUACAACAGAGCCAACAACAGCGACAGCAGCCCACCACCCUCUGGGAGGAGAUGAGCUGGAGCAUGCUGAGAGUGAGAAGGCCAAGGAAGCUCUCAAUGGAGCAGAGGAGGUCGUGGCUGUGGCUACAGUUACACCAGCUGAAGUGCUGGACAGGCUGAAUCCGGUUAGUCUGACCAGCUUCAGGUCUCAUGUACAGAACAUGCACGACGAUAGAGCCAAAGGAUUUGAAGCAGAAUACCAGUCUUUCAGUAUGGACCCCCUGGAAGCUCACGAGGAGGCAAAGAUUCCUCACAACAGACUCAAGAAUAGAUUUGCCAACAUCUACCCAUAUGAUCAUUCUCGUGUAUUGCUCAAUGCUGUGCCGGGAGUGGCUGGCUCUGAGUACAUCAAUGCAUGCUGGCUAGAGGGCUACCAGCGGCCCAAGGCCUACAUUGCUGCCCAGGGGCCCAUGCCCACAUCACUGGAUGACUUCUGGCGUAUGAUCUGGGAAUACAAACUAGCCAAUAUUGUCAUGCUCACCAGAUGCAAGGAAGGUGGCAGGGUCAAGUGUGAGCAGUACUGGGCUGAGGAUAUUGGUGGAGUGUUUGAGACUGAGAACAAGUCAGCGUCGGUCACCACUCUCUCUGUCACCACUUAUGCUGACUUUGUCAUUAGGCAGUUCACUGUCAAGAAUAACCAUCAAGCUGGCUCUGAGCCGCUCAAGGUGACACAGUUCCACUUCACAGCCUGGCCUGAUCAUGGUGUCCCCAAGUUUGCCACCUCUCUCAUCUCGUUCAUUCGUAAGACCCAGCGUGUGCAUAACAAGGAGAGUGGUGUUCCCCUGCUGGUGCACUGUAGUGCGGGGGUGGGUCGCACUGGUACCUUCAUCACACUGGAUGCUAUGCUGGAGCGUAUACACAGUGAGACCUCCGUCAAUGUGUAUGCUUUUGUGAAGGCCAUGAGGAAGAACAGGGUCCUCAUGGUUCAGACGCUGGCUCAAUACUCAUUCAUCCACGAUGCUUUGGAUGAGCUCAUCACUUGUGGGGAGACUGAUAUACCAGCCGGGGCUCUGAGGACAAAGGUCAAUUUACUAUCAAAGGUCAUUCCUGGCAAGGGCAUCACUGGAUUCACCAACCAAUUCCAGCUGCUGGAGGAGGUGAGUCGUGUUCCUGACCCAGAGGAUGUGAAUGAUGCAAACGAACACUUCAACAAGGACAAGAACAGAUACCCAGACAGAGUGCCAUACAACAUGUCCCGUGCCAGACUGAGGCCCAGUGGAGAGGACGGCUCAGAGUACAUCAAUGCCAGCUUCAUUGAUGGCUACAAGCAACGUAAUGCUUAUAUAGCAGCCCAGGGUCCUCUCAGGAACACGGUGGAUGACUUCUGGCGUAUGAUCUGGGAGUUCAAGAGCAAGACAGUGGCGAUGGUGUGUAACUCAGAGGAGGGAGGGCAAGAGUCCGCUGCACCUUACUGGCCACCCAAGGAGGACGAGCCUGUCCUUUAUGGCAAGAUCACAGUCACUCUCCAGGCCAAGGCUGCCUAUGGUGACUUCACUGUCCGCAAGUUCACCAUUCAGGAAGAGAAGGCUGCUAAUGGCAAGCAGAUGGAUGGGUUCACAGUGACUCUGUUCCAUCACACUGAAUGGCCUCUGGAUGGACGACCUAAAACUGGGACCCUCAUUGAGAUGUUGGAUAUGAUAACAAAGUCUCAGAUGUCCACUGGCAACCGACCCAUCACUGUCAUGUGCAAUGAUGGCGUGGGGCGUACUGGCACCUUCAUCUGUAUCCAUGCACAACUGGAGAGGCUGAAAACUGAGGGAGUGGUGGACUUCUUCCAGUCCAUCAAGUUGGCUCGUAUUCAGCGUGCAGGCCUAGUGCCCGAUGUGACCAACUAUGCAUUCUGUCACGAGGUGCUUGCUGACUUCAUUGACAAGUUCGACAACUAUGCCAACUUUAAGGAUAUGAUUUGAACACUUUCACAAACACUAUAAAAAGAUGUACUGUUAUUACUUUUUUGUUUCUACAUAAUUAUAAUUUUUGCUGUGAACUAGCCACACAAGCCCUGAUAUAGACAUUGUGUAGAAUAGCUCCUUAUACUGGUUGCCAAGACUCUUUGAAAAUGUCUAACCAUGCCAUUAAAAUGUUUUUUUAAUGAAAAUUAAUAUUAAAUCUUUAA